AUGUCUCAAACAAAUGCAUUUUCUUUUGUUGAAAAUGUUAAUCAAUUUCGUCCCGAUGGUAAAACAAUUAGAUCAGACAGAUUUAAUUUAGAAACGCUUUUUGAUUUUUCAACUUUACAACCAAGAGUUCAAACACAUCUUAAAAAUGUUUAUACUAGUUUAUUAAUUACUACAGUAUGUGCUGCAAUAGGUGUUUAUUUACCUAUGAUAGGUUGGCUUAAUUAUCCUCGUUUGGCUAUAUUUGCAUCCAUAAUAACAAGUAUUUGGCUUUUUACGAUCGAUUUUAAUGCUCGUACACAAAUAAAAUGUUUUGGAUUAAUGUCAACAACAGCUUUAUUCAUUGGUAUUUAUUUAAGUCCAUUAAUCAAUUUAGCUAUUCAUGUUGAUCCACAAAUUGUUAUAACAGCAUUUUUAUUGACAACAAUUAUUUUUAUUUGUUUUACACUUAGCGCAUUACUUACACGAAAACGAACAUAUUUAUAUUUAGGAGGUUUACUUGGUACAGGUACAUCAGUUAUGCUUUUACUUAGUUUAAUGAAUUUAUUUGGACAAUCACAACUUAUUUUUAAUGUUAAUCUUUAUCUUGGUUUAUUUAUUGCAUGUGGUUAUAUUUUGUAUGAUACUCAAUUAAUUGUUGAACGAGCUGUUCAAGGUGAUAUGAAUUAUGUUAAGUCGGAAUUUAGUACGAAAAAAGUUCGAAAGGAUAAUAACAAUUCGAAAAAGAAUCGUUCAUCAACAGCAUCACAUCCAUCACUUGUAGAUGAAACAGAAAAACAAAUGGAGAUGCAAUUAAUAGAUUCAUCACCUCCAUCACCUGAGAUAAGACAGCCUAAUAAGAUGCCGUUUAGAAAAAAAUCAUCGGCAAAAGCAACUGAUGGUGGUGAUUCAUCAAUGUUUGAUCUAACGGUUAAUCAAUUAAUAGAAUUAAUGGAAUUACAUGGAAAAGAUUUAAUUGAAAAAUUAAAUUCACCUCCAUAUAAUGGUGUUAAAGGAAUUUUAGAAAAAUUAAAAGUGAAUGGUAAUAAAGGACUUGAUUCAAUUAAUCAAGAAGAUCUUGAACAACGUCGUGCAAUCUAUGGAAGAAAUGAAAUACCACCAAAACCAAUGAAAUCAUUUUUAAAAUUAUGUUGGGAGGCACUUCAUGAUAUGUUAUUAGUUAUAUUAUUAGUCUGUGCUGUCGUUUCAAUCGGUCUUUCAUUUUAUGAACCACCCCACCCCAAAGAUCAAGUUAAAGAAAAAGAACCAAAUCUUGAAUGGAUUGAAGGUGUUGCAAUUCUUGUUGCUGUUCUUGUCGUCGUAUUCGUUACUGCAUUUAAUGAUUGGCGAAAAGAACGACAAUUUCGUGGUUUACAAAAUAAAAUUGAAAAAGAUCAAAAAGCAUCUGUUGUACGAGAUGAUCAUAUACAACAAAUACCUGUUACAGACCUUGUUGUUGGUGAUCUAUGCUUUAUUAAAUAUGGUGAUCUUUUACCAGCUGAUGGAGUUUUAGUUCAAUCAAGUGACAUUAAAAUCGAUGAAUCUUCUUUAACAGGAGAAACAGAUUUAAUAAAAAAAGGUGAAGAUGGAGAUGUUGGAUUAUCAUCAGGUACACAAGUUAUGGAAGGUAGUGGUAGAAUGAUAGUUCUUGGUGUUGGACUUAAUUCUCAAGUUGGAAGAAUAAUGAGUUUACUUGGUGCAACAGGAGAAGAAAAAAAAACAAAAGUUAAAAAAAAUGAUAGAAAAUCUAAAACAACAACGUUAUCAACACCAAAAACUCCAUCUGAUUUACCAAAAGAAAAUGUAUAUAUUGAAGAUGAAACAAAACUAGGAACAUCAGUAACAUCUGAAAAACAAUCAUCUGCAGAUAGUAAAAAACAAUCUAAAAAACAGAAAAAAAAAGAUGUACCUGUACCAACUGAAGAUACAGAAGAUGAUGAUAUUGAAUCAGCUGAUGCUAAACAUAAAUCGGUUCUUCAAUCGAAAUUAACUACUCUAGCUUUAUUUAUUGGUUAUAUUGGUAUGGCGGCUGCUACUUUAACAUUAAUUUGUUUGAUCGUUCGUUAUUGUAUUACAACUUAUGUCAUUAAUAAACAAAAAGCUUCAGGAACUGAUGUCGGUUAUUUUAUUUCAUUUCUUAUUCAAGCUAUUACAGUCGUCGUUGUUUCAGUACCAGAAGGUCUUCCAUUGGCUGUAACACUUGCUCUUGCUUAUGCUGUUCGAAAAAUGAUGACAGAUAAUAAUCUUGUUCGACAUUUAAAUGCUUGUGAAACAAUGGGAAAUGCAUCAACAAUAUGUUCAGAUAAAACAGGAACAUUAACAACGAAUCGUAUGACUGUUGUACAAUCCUAUAUUACUGGAAAACAUAGUGAACAAUUACCAAAAGCAGAAGAAAUGAAUCAAGAAGUAUUACCAUUACUUUUUGAAGCUAUAUCUGUUAAUACAAAUUAUACAUCAAAAAUAGAGGAAUCAAAAAAAGAUGAUGGUGGUUUACCAAAACAAAUUGGUAACAAAACUGAAUGUGCUUUAUUAGGUUUAGUACAGCAAUGGGGUGGAUCAUAUGACAGAAUUCGUCAGGAUAUUCCUGAACAAAAACUCGUUAAAGUGUAUACAUUUAAUUCUGCACGUAAAAUGAUGAGUACAAUUAUUCAACGUAAUGAUGGUUAUAGAGUUUAUACAAAAGGUGCAUCAGAAAUGGUUUUAACGAAAUGUAAAUCGAUUAUUAAUGAAAAUAAUCAAUUAAAAGAAUUAAAUGAUAAUGAAAAAAAUCGUUUAACACAAGAGGUUAUUGAAAAUAUGGCAAAUAAUGGCUUGAGAACAAUUUGUAUUGCUUAUAAAGACCUUGGAAAAGAACAACAAGAUUGGGAAAAUGAAGAUAACAUCGUUAAUGAUUUAAUUUGUAUUGCAAUUGUUGGUAUUGAAGAUCCUGUUCGCAGCGAAGUACCAGAAGCUAUUCAAAAAUGUCAACGAGCAGGUGUUGUUGUUCGAAUGGUAACAGGUGAUAAUAUAAUGACAGCUCGUUCCAUAGCAACAAAAUGUGGUAUAAUCAAACCCAAUGAAGAUUUUCUUAUACUUGACGGAAAAGAAUUCAAUAAACGUAUUAGAGAUUCAUCUGGAAAAAUUUCACAAAAAAAACUUGAUGAAGUUUGGCCAAAAUUACGCGUUUUAGCACGUUCAUCACCUCAAGAUAAGUAUAAUUUAGUUAAUGGUAUUGUUGAAAGUCAUGUAACAGAGCAUCGUGAAGUAGUUGCUGUUACUGGUGAUGGUACAAACGAUGGACCGGCACUUACACGUGCUGAUGUUGGAUUUGCUAUGGGUAUUCAAGGAACAGAUGUAGCAAAACAAGCAUCCGAUAUAAUCUUAACUGAUGAUAAUUUUUCAUCGAUUGUCAAAGCUAUGAUGUGGGGAAGAAAUGUUUAUGACUGUAUUGCAAAAUUUCUUCAAUUUCAAUUAACAGCUAAUUUAUCAGCUGGUUUGAUUUCUGUUAUAUCAGCUGCAGCUAUUAGUUGCGUACCAUUACGAGCUGUACAAAUGCUUUGGGUUAAUCUUGUUAUGGAUACAUUAGCAUCACUUGCUCUUGCAACAGAACCACCGACAGAAGAAUUAUUAAAUCGAAAACCAUAUGGACGAACAAAAUCAAUAAUAUCACCAUUAAUGUUACGAAAUAUUCUAGGACAAUCAUUUUAUCAACUUGUUAUUAUGUUUGUUAUACUUUAUGCUGGACAAUAUUUCUUAGAUGUUGAACCAACAGUUCAGCAAGUUCAAAAUGAUCCACAUGUAGCUAAAGAAUUAAGUGAACAAUUUACAUUAGUAUUUAAUGCAUUUGUGUUAAUGACUUUAUUCAAUGAAAUUAAUUCAAGAAAAUUGCAUGGAGAAAGAAAUGUAUUUAAAGGAAUUUUUCGAAAUCCAUUUUUUUAUUGUAUUUGGAUUUUUUGUUUUAUUGCACAAAUUUUAAUUGUCACAUUUGGUGGUCGAGUAUUUAGUUGUGCACCAUUGAAUAUUAAACAAUGGGCAUGGAGUUUAGGUUUUGGUGCUGGAUCACUUUUAUGGCAACAGAUAAUAUUAUUUAUCCCAACUGAACCAUUUGGUCGAUGCUUUUCAGCAAUGUAUCGUAUUUGUUGUCCAUGUUGUUAUAAAAGGCAACAAAAGAAGCAUGCUGACAAAGAAGCUAUUCGAAAAUCAAUCGAAGCGGCUCAAGCACGACGAAUAUCAAGAUUUAGUGAUGGUGAAUAUAUGCCAUAUAGUACAAUUGUUCAAUUAACAAAUGCAACUGUUGUUGCUGAACCACCACAUACGAUUGCUAAAUUUAUGCUUCGAAAAAGUGUUGAUCGACUUAAUACAGAGUUUCGUGUUAUUAAUGAAUUUCGCUCACGACUUGAAGAACUUAAAGAUAUAAAACAUGAAGAAGUUAUUGAACAUAAACGUAAUAGUCGAGCCAAUAUUCUUGAAGAAUAA